AUGGGGUCAGUGGCUGGGCCGGGGAAGGGGAGAACUGGCCCUAUAGAGACAGAAGCAAAAAGGAACAAGGGUGAAUUUCUAGAUCUGGCAGAUUCUCAGCAUCGGUCCCAAAAGGGUAUCAGACCUGCUACACGGAUUCCCAGGAUCCCAGGGCCUCACCGGUGCCCCGCCGGCGUCUGGCUGCUGCUGGCGACGCCUCUGUUCUUCCAGGAGCUUCUUCACGGUCUGUGUCUGGCAGUGGCUUCGCUCACUCCGGCUCACUGUGGGGGAGGACAAAGAGAGUCAUCGGGGGUCGUGGUUGCAGCUCAGAUGCCCCCAGGUUCCUGCUCCGGAUGUGGGCCGCUGUCACUGCAGCUCCUGGCUGGCCUCUUGGCUGCAGAUGCGGUCGUGUCGCUGCUCAUUGUGGGUGUGGUCUUCGCCUGCGCUCGUCCCCGCCCCCUCCCCCAAGACACGAGAGUCUACAGCAACAUGCCUCGUAGGGGCUGA